GCAGCAGGGAAAUCGAGGAGAAAGCAGCGACAAACAGCGGAAACGCUAUUGCCUGAAAAAGCGCUGGAUUUAUGCGAUAUUCGGUCGAAUAAGUCGUAUAUUGAUUGUGUGUCACUUGGCCUCGUGGAUGAAAUUGUGUUCAACGUUCUCCCAGCGUGAAUCUCCACCUUAAUGCAGUGGGAUGGCCACAGUGCCGCCUGGGCCUAGUAGCGCACUGCCCGCAUCCCCGGCUGAGAUUCCUCCUUUCCCCGGGGCUGGGAGCGCGGAGCCGGCGGUGGAAGACGGAGAGGCGGCCUGCCACGGGGAGGACUGUGUACCCGCCGGGACAGGGAAGAAGUCGCAGCCGGUAAGCGAAGUGAAAGGCUCGGUGAAGAAGAAGCAGAAAAACAUGCUAGCGAGGGCUAGCCCGGCGGCGCUUCACCUCAAAAUGCAAGCCCGAGAGCAGCAGCAGCUGAACGGCUUGGCCAGCCCCUCGGAGGAGCCCGACGGCCACCAACACGCAGGAAACCGGCCUGACAAUCCCAGAGCGUCCGUGGACAACUGUGACAGCAGCAGCAGCGGCAGCAACGAGGGGGCUCCGGCCGCUAGAAACAAUAGUGAGCACUGCCAACACGAAGGCCACAGCCCCUUCUCCAAAAACGGCAGCCACUCUCCGCUGGUUAACAAUAGCAUGAACGGGAUGCCGGGCUUCACGAGGACUGAGGCGGCCCACGAAGGGAAGGGCAGCUUCGACCACACGCAGCCCCCGAGACCGCCGAGCGACGAGCCGCCGGACGCUGUCGGGCCCGGCGGGGACCCGAAGCAGCAGCAGCAGCAGCAGCCGCCGGCCGCGGAGCUGGCCCGGCUCGACCUGAGCAGCUCCCCCGGCCGAGCGGAGGGCGACGGUCACGGCAUCCGAUACGUCCGCUACGAGUCCGAGCUGCAGAUGCCGUGGAUCAUGAGACUGAUCACCAAGGACUUGUCUGAGCCUUAUUCAAUUUAUACGUACAGGUACUUCAUCCACAACUGGCCGCAGCUCUGCUUUCUGGCCAUGGUGGAGCAGGAGUGUGUCGGAGCCAUUGUAUGUAAGCUUGACAUGCAUAAGAAGAUGUUUCGUCGCGGCUACAUCGCCAUGCUGGCUGUGGACUCGAAACACAGAAGGAAAAGCAUCGGUACUAAUCUGGUGAAAAAGGCCAUCUACGCCAUGGUGGAAGGCGACUGUGACGAGGUUGUAUUGGAGACCGAGAUCACCAACAAAUCAGCCCUGAAGCUGUAUGAGAACUUGGGUUUUGUCAGAGACAAGCGGCUGUUCAGAUACUACCUGAACGGAGUGGACGCGCUGCGGCUCAAACUGUGGCUCCGCUAGAGGAAAUCCGAGGGGACGGAGGACGACGGGACAGCAGGUGCUGUUCACCUCGAACACUAUCAGCUUGACAGCCUCAGCUCUGCCCUGGUCAUUCGCUCUUAUCUUCACAAAUACACACACACACAUACACACAGACACACACACACACUCACGCCUGUGUACAAACAUAAGGAGUAUGCACAUAGGUAUGCAUAGACACACAGACACACCCUCCUUUUAUCCUUUGACCUCUGAACAACUGUUGUUUAGGCAGAAAAUGGACUGAAAAUCCCACCAGAUGUUUUCAUGAAGGGGCCCCUGAUACUUUCUGUGACGAGGACGGGGGCGAGCGAGCGAGCGAGCGAGGGCGGUCUCUGGGACGACCUUGACCGGGGACUGGAUGACGUUUUGACCUUGAAGCUUGGACGCCUCGCCGACGGGUGACGCGAAGCAGCUCAGGCGAGGAUUCCCGAGAGGACGAGGCAACCACACCAAAAUCAUCCUGCAGGACAAAACUGACUCAAAGCCGACAACAACGCGUGAAAACAAGGAAGUCGAGCGGUAAAAACACAGACUGGGAAGAAAAUAUUUGUGGAGUUUAUUUUUGUGUUUCUUUUUUAACCUUGUAAGUUUUGGGCGGGGGACGAAAAAAGAAAAAAAAAGCUACGGUAUGACUGCGUGUUUGUACCGCCUCGUGUGUUUUUUGGACAGCAAGUGGCUAUUUUUCGAGUGAAUGCGGUUGCGGGUGGUUUGUGCGACUGUGCGAGCGCAUGCUGUGGUGUGUGUUUUUGUUUCCCCAUCGUGUCCAGUGGAUGCAGCGCCUCCCUCUUCCUCCUCCUCCUUCUCCUCCUGCUGCUGCUGCUGCUGCUAUUGCUGCUGCUGCUGCUUCUUCCUCCAUCACCUGCCUCAGCCUCCAGGACUGAAGCCUGUAAAGAUAUGCAUGCAUUUAUUUUAAUGUGAGUGCAGGAGUGUGUUGAUGAACCCAGUCUGAGGCUCCUUCCUCUGUUUGGUGUCAGCAUGUUGGUGCAGAGCAGAAACAAAUCACUCCAUUAGCACCUCAAACUUUGCCCAACUUGUGGAUCUGCCACCUUUUUUUUUUUCUUUUUCCGCUUCAGUGUCCUUUUACUAAAUCGAACCCUGAUGUGGGUGUGGUCGAGGAGUUAAAUUUUUAAUUUUUGCAGAUCAGAACUCGUUUUUUUUUUUCCCCUAAACGCACUGCCAGCCACUGCAAAAUUUCCAAAAAGGAGAAAAACGGUGUCGUUCAAAGAGAGAGACUCCUUGCCAAUGACGGUGUGGUCAGAUAUCUCUGUUUACUAAUUAACAUUAUUAUCCUGAAUCUCCUCGUUGCAAGUGCCACUCGGUCCGUCAGCACUAACAGCCGCGACUGCAGCGAUCUGCCUGCCGACGGGCGACACGUCGGCGCCAGGUCGAGGCGAAGCGUUGCGAAUGCUGGAUUCCUGUUUGCUGUGUGUGUGUGUUUAUGUUAAAAAAGAAAAAAAAGGAAAAUAGACGAGUAUUCUUAGCAGAUUAUAUUGUAUUCUUUCGUUUGCUUUCAGUUUAUUUAGAUUUGUCUACUAUACACCUGUAUAACCUCACGCUGCUCGUGAGCGGCUGAGUCCACAAUGCACUUCCCAGGUGCCCUAACUUGAUGCACAGCCAACCUCGCUAACAUUUUUUGAGAUCCUGGAACUCGUCAUAGAUGCACCCGGAUGUUCCAGCACACACUAAUUGGCAAAGAAAGUUUGCUUCAACUGCUUUUGUGUGUUUUUUCUUAACGGUGAAAAUGAACAAAGGUCAGAUGCACUUCUUUGGAAAUUGCUGCAGUGUGUAUGUGUCCGUACGAAUGUGUGUGUGUGUGUGCUGUUUUGACAGUGGUGUGGAUCUGUUCUGUUGGACUUUAUCUCUCUGCUUUCGGAUUCCUCGCGCAGGAAAAAUCAGAGCCUUUGUGGUGCUGCGUUUUGUUCUGAUCUAAUAAGGACGGCAGGACUCGUUAGUUACAUGAGCAGACACUUAUUUUUGUAAGUUCGUGCUCGAUGUUGUAGAGAAGGAAUGAAGAACAGGAUGAUAGCUAAAGGGGGAAUAAACCCUGAAUCUGCUUCUAUUUUUUUUUAUUUUUAAAAGCAAAUGAGGAAGCAGCCUUUAUCACAGGUUGUAAAUGCAAUUUGUGCAGGGGUGGGCGAUCCGGAUAAAAGAUCACAUGAAGACCAUCAUGUGACGAUCACAGUCGGAAUCACAGUUCUCCUCACAGGUUUAGUGGAAGUCAUGUGAUUAGGGUUGCUCUGAUACGUAAUCAGUGAAAUGAGGCUCGAGGGCCAAGUCACGCGUCUCUGCGUCCUGUUUUUAUGCUUAUUUUAGUCUAAAAGUUCAAAUCAGAAGUAGUAACUUGCAUCUGCGCUGCUAACAAGCUAGCCCCAUCUCGCCUCAUGUUUCCUCCACCUGUAGACCGAACAGGUCGCUGUUGUUGUCGCUCAGCUGCCUCAUCGACGGACUUUUCGGUGUCUUUAUUCUGCUCCAAAGCCUCAGUGAGCUUGUGAACCAGUUCUCCACCUGCUGCAGGUUCUGGCAGGAGUAGUCUGACUCACCGAAUGUGGACUUUUAGGCGGCUUUCUCGUCCUCUUCAACUACCUGGGUGUAACCGUUUUCAAACUCCCUUCCACUAUGGGACACAACAACCAACAAGGCAGUAUUCGGCUCUCGACAUGCAAAGGUUCCACCAAAACAAUCACUACUUUGCAGGGGCACCAUCGCUGCAUCCUGGGCUUCACAUCACCCAAUCGAUUGUAUUUAGUUGAUAGAGUUACAACCAUAAUAGUGUUGUUUUUUUUGCCCCUACAGCAGAUUAAUAAUGAGGUGCAGCCAGACCAUACUACACAGCGCUGUGGGUGUUGGUCUGUCCCUGCAAGGCUACGCUCGAAGUGGUUCUCCAGCUCACAGUGUAGAGCAGAACGAGGACUGUUGGAGUCUGUUGGUGAGACGAGAGACUCGCUGGAGAGGCGGCUGAAUGAGCACCAACAGCAUGAAAGGAAACCUCAGACGACUACAAGGCGAGUCUAGCAGCUACUGAGCUGUAAAAAUAAAAUACUUACAUAUAGCACGCUUCCUAAUAUAAAAUCACCCGAUCGCCCACCUCGAGCUUGUAGCGCCCCGAAAAUAUGCAAUUGGACGCGUGUGCUUUUGUCUACAGUAUUCAAAGUGGAAGCACCGCGAGACACUGCCAUCUGCAAAACGUGUGAAGUCGGCUACAAACAAUGGCAACGGAACAAACAAAAGUCUCCAGCAAACAGUUAGAAUCCCUCUGAAUGACACUACAGGAACUCGUUUUGGGUUUAUUCCCCCUUUCUUUCUUUUCUUUUUUUUUUUUUUUGUUCCGGCAGCAGUUCAGCUGAGCUCUUACAUCCCCACGUCUGGAAGGGAGAGUAAAUGUUUACGGAGUUGCCACCCACACAAAGUUCUGUCCGUGUGUCUGUGUGCGUUUGGAACAAUGGAUCAGAUUACUUAUUUUUCUUUUAUUUUUCAGAUUUGUAUACGAGUGUUGUUCUAUUCAUCGGAUAUAUUGAGAGCAUGUCUUUUUUUUUUCUUUUUUUUUUUGGUGAAUCAUGUGUUGGGUUUGGGGGCGACUUUGGGUUGAUUAUUUUUAAUUUCUGUGCUACUUUAGCCCAUCCGGAGGUGUUGUUGUGAGAACGAUGAGCGAAACAAUCUAGAACCCCGAACUUUUGCUGCUCAUCACACACUGUUUAGAUUAUUUUUUUUAUUUUUUAUUGUUAUCACCCCGUUCAAACUCCUUCUGGUUCAUUCAAUCUUCUGUCCCUGUGUUGGACGCUCGCUUCUCCUUUUUUUUUUUUUUUCUGUGUUCUCUCACUGUUCAGGCCUUUCUUCUUUCACACGCUGACGAAAGGACUGGAUGGGUAGCAAAUGAACGUAUUCUUUCAAACGGGCCGUCAGGAAGAGGAGGUGUUUUGAAGGAGUCUGUUUAGCAUCUUUUUUUUUUUUUCUCUCUCUCUCAAUCCUGUGAAACUCUGGCAGUACCACGAGGUUUAUGGGCAUUACAGCCGUUUGGAUCAUGAUCACAGACUGAAGGGCUUCGUCAUCUUUUAUCAGUUUGUAGCCACGGCUUGUGGUGUUGCAUUACCAGUUUUCUCUGCGUUUGGAAUCAGUUUUGACUUGACAUGCCAGUUCAGUGUUCAAAGCAGUAGUUUAUUUCCUCAUCCUGAACGUCCGCUGUGCUAUUCCUGACCUACAUUUAUAAAUCCUCCCCUCCCCUCCAGAAACCAGUUUUGUCGGUCAGAUAAUUAACAUUUAUAUAAGCAGUGGUCCCCCACAACACAACCAACCAACCACAGGGGCUUCCUGCAGUCUUUUUCUGGGGCGCCUGCCUCCAUCGCCAUCCAUGAAGUGUGCAAAGGGUAGAGCAAAAGGGUUUUUUUUUUUUUUUUUCUGCAUGUCUGUUUCCCUCUGUUCCUCCUCCCUGUCCCCUCUCUUGAUUUUGAUCUGGAAAUGUCCGAUAGCUUUUAUUUAAUGUGGAAAAAGAACACAGAAAUAAAUUAUUUGAUUUUUUUAAUGCUGUAAA